CGAGUCUCGUUGCUCUCUCCCCCGUUUCUUCUUCCGCUCCAUUAGAGACUCCGCUAUCUCGCCCGAUGGAGAGCUUCGCCAUCGGCCGGCCGCUCCCCUCCUCCUUCUCCGCCGCCUCCCUCAUCCGCCACCUCCCAGUCUCCUCCCUCCCGCAGCCAUCAGCCGCCCCCAUCUCCCUCCGCCGCCGCCCCCUCUUCCCCCUCACCUCACCCCUCCGCCCCGUCCCCCUCCCCCUACCCCUCACCCGACGCCAAAAACCAUCCCUUUCCUCCGUAUGCGUUGCUUCCUCGCCUGAGAAAACCCCGACCCCCACCUCUUCCCCGCCCCCGGCGCCGUCGCAGGGGGCGAAGCUCGUUCCCCUAGCGAUCUCCGUCGCCAUCGGCCUCGUUGUCCGCUUCCUCGUUCCCCGGCCCGUCGAGGUCACCCCCCAAGCCUGGCAGCUCCUAGCCAUCUUCCUCUCGACCAUCGCGGGCCUCGUCCUGAGCCCGCUGCCGGUGGGCGCUUGGGCGUUCCUCGGCCUCACCGCCUCCGUCGUCACCAAAACGUUAAGCUUCUCUGCAGCAUUCCGGGCCUUCACGAACGAAGUGAUAUGGUUGAUCGUGAUAUCCUUCUUCUUCGCGAGGGGUUUCGUGAAGACCGGGCUUGGGGAUAGGAUUGCCACUUACUUUGUGAAGUGGCUAGGGAGGAGCACGUUAGGGCUGUCGUAUGGUCUCACGAUCAGUGAGGCUUUCAUUGCUCCAGCGAUGCCCAGCACUACUGCCAGGGCCGGCGGUGUGUUCCUUCCGAUCAUCAAAUCGUUGUCGCUCUCAGCUGGGAGCCGGCCGGGGGAUUCUUCGUCCAAGAAGCUCGGGUCCUAUCUGGUCAUGUCUCAGUUCCAGUCAGCUUGUAACUCAAGUGCCCUUUUCCUAACUGCUGCAGCUCAAAACCUCUUAUGUCUUAAAUUAGCUGAAGAACUUGGGGUUUGGCUUGCAAGUCCAUGGGUAUCAUGGUUCAAGGCUGCAAGUUUACCUGCCAUUGUUUCUCUUCUAGCUACUCCAUAUAUCUUAUACAAGAUCUUUGCCCCACAAGUCAAAGAUACACCAGAUGCACCUGCUUUGGCUACCAAAAAACUGGAGCAGAUGGGGCCUGUAACGAGGAAUGAAUGGGUCAUGGUUGGUACCAUGGUUCUUGCAGUUUCUCUGUGGGUCUUCGGAGAGGCUCUUGGUAUAGCAAGUGUUGCUGCAGCAAUGCUUAGCUUAUCCAUCCUUCUGCUUCUGGGUGUUCUGGAUUGGGAUGAUUGCUUAUCUGAAAAGUCUGCAUGGGAUACUUUAGCUUGGUUUGCAGUUCUAGUUGGAAUGGCUGGCCAGCUUACAAAUCUUGGGAUAGUGACAUGGAUGUCUAGUUGUGUGGCCAAGUUUCUUCAGGCCUUCUCACUGAGCUGGCCAGCAGCAUUCUGUGUUCUCCAGGCAUCCUACUUUCUCAUCCACUACCUAUUUGCAAGUCAGACUGGGCAUGUUGGAGCCUUGUACUCGGCAUUUCUUGCCAUGCACUUGGCAGCUGGUGUUCCUGGUGUGUUGGCAGCACUAGCCUUGGCCUACAACACAAAUCUUUUUGGUUCAUUAACACAUUAUAGUAGUGGUCAGGCAGCUGUGUACUAUGGAGCUGGAUAUGUGGAGCUUCCUGAUGUAUUCAGGCUGGGCAUUGUGAUAGCCAUGAUUAAUGCUUUGAUCUGGGGAGCUGUUGGAACAUUUUGGUGGAAAUUUUUGGGGCUGUAUUGAGGAUGGAGAUACUGUAAGUUAAGUUUCCCUCAUGGCAAUGAGAAGAAUUUUUUCCAUAAUUUAUUCUGGAAGCACUUCUGUCUUCUUUCUACAGUCUUCAAAGUUUUGAUGAUCAAAAGAGACUGAGUCCAAGAUGAUGACAUUGGUAUCUCUACUUCAAUUUUUUUUUUUCUCUCAUUCUGUGGAUCUUCUUUCCCAUAUUUGUACACACUGUCAUUGUUGGCAAUGUUUAUUGUUGCUCCAUUAGAUAUUUUUACCUAGAUGAGAACAUGUUUUUUUUAUAUCUGAAUAAUGAAACAUCAGUGGGUGUUUGCAUUGCAUCUUAAUUCUAAUGGCAAUCCCUUCAUUCUGAUCUGUCA